AUGAAUACCGACAUUGUUCAGAGCCGCUUCCUCUCCAACCCGCAGGACCUUGGUGUCGUUGCGGUUGGCUUCUCCAAGGGUCAGCCUAAAGCUGGCGUUGAUGCCGGCCCUGAAGCUCUCAUCGAGUCCGGCCUCCUCACCCAGAUCAGCGAUGAGCUCGGUUACAAGCUGCAUGGUGACAUGACGGUCCGAAAGUACGAGGAGCUGAUGCCUGCGUCCGACCCCGACCACCGUGGCAUGAAGAACCCUCUCACCACCUCGGCUGUCAAUCGCAAGAUCUCGCAGCAGGUCUACGAGCAUGCCAAGGAGGGACGUCUGGUCCUCACACUUGGCGGUGACCACAGCGUCGCCAUUGGCACCGUCACUGGCAGCGCCAAGGCAGUUCGCGAGCGUCUGAACCGCGAGAUUGCUCUCAUUUGGGUUGAUGCACACGCUGACAUCAACCGUCCUGAGGACAGUGACAGCGGUAACAUUCACGGCAUGCCUGUUGCUUUUGCCUCUGGUUUGGCCAAGGAUGACAAGGAGGAGUACUUUGGCUGGAUCAAGGAUGACAUGCUGCUUAAUGUUAAGAAGCUUGUCUACAUUGGUCUCCGUGAUGUUGAUAAGGCUGAGAAGAAGAUUCUUCGCGACAACGGCAUCAAGGCCUUUAGCAUGUUCGAUGUUGAUCGUUAUGGCAUUGGCCGUGUUGUCGAGAUGGCGCUGGCGUACAUUGGCGCCGAUACUCCUAUCCAUCUGUCCUUCGAUGUCGAUGCCCUGGAUCCUAUGUGGGCUCCCAGCACUGGCACUCCUGUUCGUGGCGGUCUGACUCUCCGUGAAGGUGACUACAUUUGCGAAGCUGUGCACCAGACUGGCUCCCUGGUCGCCAUUGACCUCGUUGAAGUCAACCCCAGCUUAGCAGCGACCGAGGCCGGUGCGCAGGAGACUGUUAGAGCUGGCUGCUCCCUGGUGCGCUGCGCCUUGGGUGAGACUCUGCUGUAG